GUUUUUAUAGAAUAUACCUUCAAUAACACUAUAUACUCACAAUGUCUACUGAAGUGGCACAAAUUGGGGAUAAAAUGUCGGAUAUGGGUAUCGAAGACCAUCAGGAACGAAAAUUUUACCCGAAAAAGAAUAAAAAUGUUGUAUUACCGGCCCCUAAUAACAUGGACUCGAUGAUCAAAGGAUUGGAAAUGCUUUUUGAUUCUGACCACGUGAAUAUUGAUGAAGUCAAGCGUUACAUGUCAGAAUAUAAAAGCAAUCCCUCGGAUUGGCAUAAAUAUGCAAAGUUUGAUGCACACAAGUACACAAGAAAUCUCGUCGAUAUCGGAAACGGAAAAUAUAAUCUUAUCUUGUUAUGUUGGGGCGAAGGUCACGGCAGUUCAAUUCACGAUCAUUCCGAUUCACAUUGUUUUUACAAAAUGCUCGGUGGAAGCUUGACAGAGACUUUGUAUGAGUGGCCUAAGGGUAAAAAGAAAACAGUAAUGAAACAGAAAAAUUCAUUUUCUCUCAAAGAAAACGAAGUCGGAUAUAUCAAUGAUUCAUAUGGUCUCCAUCGAGUUGAAAACAAGUCUCACACAGAACGAGCAGUAAGUCUCCAUCUUUAUUCUCCACCAUUCGAUAUGUGCCAGAGUUUCGAUGAAAGAAGCGGUCAUAUUACAAGGUGUAAAGUUACGUUCUGGAGCAAAUACGGAGAGCGAACGCCAUACGUCAAACCCUCCAAACCCGAAGGCGAAAACAACUGAACGAAAUUUCAACUGUUCACUGCAGAUCAUUGAUAUUAUUAGAUCAAACUUGAGACAGCGUGUAUAUUGAUGCUAGAUACUAAAGCUUUAAAGAAUUUCUCAGUACAUAUAUACAAGCAAUUCUAGCAGUAGGGAAGGCAUGCUACUUGCUUUCAUGAACAACAAUUAUAAAAUUGGUGGUUUAUGUCAAAUGUUACGGUACAAAAUUUACUAUAUGGUAUGGUUUUCAAUAUAUAUAAAUCGAUUUAGAAAUUGUAAUUUCUUUUUUUACUUUGAUGAUAUUUUCAAACCAACUGUUUUACAGCAUAGUUUCGAGCCACAAUCUUUAAUUCAUUUUUUAUUUGUUCCAUAUUUCUCUCAUCCGGCCAAUUUUUUAGUUUUUAUUGAUUGUUUUACAAACUAAGAUAUUUUAUUUUUAAAAGUCACUGCUAAUUGUAGAGUUUCAAGCUCAAAAUCCACCAGAAGACGAGAGUUAUUGAUGAAUGAAAAUUCACCAACUAUUGUCCAUGACUUGAUUGCAUUGCCAGAAUUUAUGGGAAGUGACGGUUUGUGCACAAUAUCGAUCAGUUUAAAUUUUUUCAGGUAGUCUAACACAACCACAGUUAUGUCAUCACCAGCCGCAUCAAAACUUGAAUGAACGAAUUAUUAAUUUUGUUUAUAAUUCACAUUUUGUCAGCGAAUCGCAACAUUUUUCGCUCUUUAUGUACAGAAAUUCCUGUAGGUAUGCUUUCGCUCAGAAUACACAUUUGCAAUUUUUAUUUGAUCGAAAAGGGGCUUAUUCCAUGUGCCGCCCAUGCUUCCUUGACAAUGAUUGUUACAUAAUUUUUGAGAGUAUUGCUAUGUUCUUGAUUUUACGAUACUGUAAUAGUUCUCUAUGUUUUUUCAAUACAUUUUGACUAAUGCA